AAGAAUGGCAAGUUCUUGUGCACAGGAUCUGUUGUAACAGGUGCAGCUGAGUAGGUUCCUGUGUAAGGGAUACAGUGCCCACCCACAUCAUUGUAUCUAGCUAAAAUAUGCCCCUGCUUCAUGUGAGCCACAACAGCCAGUCACUGCACAGAGCAAGCUCCCUUCCUGUCCUCUGGACUGCCAUCACUGCGCUACAAGCCAUCUUCCUAAACUUGUCUGGUGGAUUUAAUAUAAGGAAGAGACCGUCCUCCAUGGAACAGUGAACUGUAGCAGCAUCAAUCUAGUGAGCAAUCUUGGAGUGUAGUUGUUCGUAUUGAUACCUUGAGCAUUCUGUUUUCGAGGAAGAACCCUGAGCAACCUCUUUUCUACCAUAAGUGGCCUACCCACAGCAGUACUCUAAGCAGCCUGAGUAUAGGCUCACUAGGGUAAGGGCAAGUGUUGGAGGUCAAAGUCGCUGGGUUUCCUUCUGGCCAGUCCAGUCAAACAGAGAAGGAAGGCUUUACCGGACCAACAGCACUCAAGCCCAUGAAGCCAAUAUAUUGGGGGCACUAACACUGAGGACAGAACGGACCCUCUACUGCCUUGUGAGGAUACGAUGGAAGAGCAGAUCCAGAGAACACAAAUAAACUCUACCAAGAAUAGUGGGGACAGAAAGUCCCAGGACACUCCCGGGAUGGAUAUAAAUUGCACAGAGAGAACCCAUAACAGCAGCAUUCAAGUGGGUGAGUCAUGUGAAGGGGACAGUGUAAAUCCAAGUGACAUUUCCCCCCAUGGUAAUCCACCAAAAUUGCAGCUCCAGAUUGCAAGAAUUAGCAAUGACGAGGCCACUGCGGGAGCCCUAACAAGCCCAGAGGGCAUAGUGAGAGUGCCACAGAGUCCGACUGUUAUAAUAGGACAAGACGUGUUUCAGAUCAUUGACGACUGCCCCCCACCGGCUGCCCCUUUCCCUCACCGCUUUGUCACUCUGCAUCCAGCAGAUGUCUCCAGUCUGUAUGACAUGAACAUGGAUGAGACCCUUGGAGGGGGGCGCUUUGGAGAAGUCCAUCUCUGCACAGAAAAGUCCAGUGGCCUACAUCUUGUGGGGAAAAUUCUCAGCAGCAAAGAUCGGGAGAUGGCUUUAAAUGAAAUCCAAGUGAUGAACCAGUUGGAUCACCCUUAUAUCAUCCAGAUGUUUGAUGCAGUGGAGAUGCCCAAUGAGAUCUUUCUCAUUAUAGAAUACGUGGAAGGGGGGAUGCUCUUUGAGCGGAUCAUCGAUGAGAAUUUCCAGCUCAUGGAGGUGGAUGCGAUGGUGUAUGUGCGCCAGAUCUGUGAGGGCAUCUUCUACAUGCAUCAGAUGUACGUCCUACAUCUAGACCUCAAGCCUGAAAACAUUGUCUGUGUUUCUCCAAUCAGCCACAUGGUGAAAAUCAUAGAUUUUGGACUGGCACGAAGGUACAAGCCACAGAACAAACUGAAGGUUUCUUUUGGCACAGCAGAAUUCCUGUCUCCUGAAGUCAUUAAUUUCGACUUUGUAUCUUUCCCAACUGAUAUGUGGAGCGUUGGAGUCAUCACGUAUAUGAUGGUCAGUGGAUUAUCUCCAUUUCUUGGUGACAAUGAGCCAGAAACCUUAAAUAAUGUUCUUAGCUGUGAUACAGGAUUUGAUGAGGAGCCGUUUGAGUCGGUAUCAGAUGAAGCCAAAGAUUUUAUAUCCAAUCUGCUGGUCAAAGAGAAGAAUGGGAGAAUGAGUGCUGCACAGUGCCUCCGACACCCCUGGCUCAACAACCUGGACAAAAAGGCAAAACUCUGCCACCGGCUCCUUAAGUCACAGAUUGAACUGCGAAAGUAUAUGAUGAGGAGACGCUGGAAGAAGAAUGUGUUUGCUGUGACAGCCGCUCACCGACUCAUGAAGAUCAGCAGCUCUGGGUGUCUCGCCUCCAUGGCAGAGUGAUGGGCAUGAUAUAGAAUAAGUAGGGCAUGAGUAAGCAGGGCAUGGCUACUGCCACAUGGGAUGGGGCCCUCGCUAGGAAAGAGCAAGUAUCUCAGCUGAUUAUGUAAAGCAUUUGUCUGUAACGUGCAACCUCUGCCUCAGCAGUUGGUAUGGGGCAUGCUAGGCGAGUGAGCUGUGCAGAAUCAGUGCAAGUAUAGGGAGGGCAUGGCUACCCUUCUGUACAUACAGUAACUGGGUCUAAAUACCAUGCUUGUGUACCAGCUUUAGUUAGUGCUGAACUGAUCCCCCUUUGUAUAGCAAUAAAGUCUCUAUGUCAUUCAA